AUGGCCGUGCUUCCGAAAGGGCCACCCUCGGUCGAUAGAGCUGCGAAGCGUUCCCGUUCCCCGUCGGAUCGAUACAUCAUCCCGCGGCUGUCUUUGCAAAACAAUGAUGCUGAUGGGGAGGCUUCGCCCAGGGCACCGUUGUCACCACGUGGAAACGUGCCAGUUGCUCCUUAUGCAGCUUUGUCCUCACCACAGCCGUCUUCAGAUGUGACGAAGAAGCUUCCAGAGAAGAUCUCUCCUCGAUUCGGUGUUCCGAGGGAUGAAAACAACCCAGAAGGUGGAAGGAACAGCGUGCCCAGGCUGAGUGGGGGCAAGCGAGGCGGUUCAUGCUUGACAGCGCGAUCUUCUAGCACCAGCAAGCUGAACAGUGCUCUUCGAGAGUCGUCCUGUGGUUCUGCGCGGAGCAAAAUACGAGAACGCAGGCCGAACCCCUUAUUGAGCAACAGUCCUCCAGCUCGCUCAGCCCCUGCGCCCCAGGCCGGUUCACCAAGCAGGGCAAAUCAAAGUAGUCGUUUGAGUUGCGACAGUUCGUCGAGCUCCAGCCUUCACAGUGGUCCUUCACUUGUCGGUGAGAACGUGUCGAGCGCAACAAGAUCUACUAGAUCUGUCGCCGUGACACCUUGUGCCAGUACAACAUCUCUCAUCGUGCCGUAUGCCGGUCACCGGCCGAUACCGGCUGGAAGCAAUGCUACGGCUGCUCACAGCGCCGGCACAGCGGUUGAAGACCUCUCUGGACGGGUCGGUUCCUACACUGCAGAUCCAAGCAUGGCAAGUUUCAGGUCGGUCGCGGAAGGCCAGCGGAGCUCCGGUCCGCUCAGCACAGGGAGCGAGGAUUGCCAUGUUGCUAGAAGCCAGCUGCUGAGUGGGCCCAACGGGACGGAUGCAGAUGCAGAUGCAGAGACGAUGGGCGACCACGUAGAACUGCUGUGCCUCAAGGCACAGUCCUUGGUUCGCCAACUUGGCUCUGGAAUGAUGGAGCCUUCCCAGUCGGUCCGAUCUUUGCAGAAGAAGCUUGUGUUGCUCGGCCAAGCUGCUGAGGUGACGCCUGUUGCCCCUCCGUUCACGCCGAGAUGCAUUGGCGGUCCGCUCGAAGCCGGGACAGGUGAUGCAUCUUCCAUGGACCUCAAGUUCAGCCCUGCUCCAGAUGUGGCAGACCCUAUCAUGCCCAACAUUGGGGAGGAGCUGGCCGAACUGCGCGGCCGUCUCGGGCGCGUCGAAAGGGCUCUGCAGGGCCGCCAGGGCCAUGCAGCAGGCGGACCUGGCUGGUCAAGCUCAGAGGUGCUGAACUUGCGCGGCCGCUUACAGACGGUAGAGUCUGAACUCGUGGAUGUCCGUGCAGAGCUGCGAGAGGCUUGCGCGACGAUUUCGCACAUGGCGUGCAUGUGGGAGAAGAUGGAGAAACCCGAAGUGGAAAGGCGUACGCCUCCUGUUCCUGCAUCGACACCGCCACAAGAUUCCAGGAUCGCUGGCCCUGAAAAGGCCAAGGCUGCCGACCAGGAUUUGAGACUGGCCAAUCUAGGACAACCUCCUGUAAGGGGCAUCAUUGACGUUCCUCCUUCAAGCUCUCCGCGUAAGCCAGCGUACCCGCUAAUGGUGCCAUCAGCGCGACUUGGGCAGGUCUCGCAAGCCUGCGGCCUUCCUGCUCCGGGCGUUGGACAAGGACUCUGUGGCUAUAUCCAGCGCCCUGUUAACCCUGCAGUUCUUCGGGUGAGCACCCCCCCACAGACACUCCGAGCAGCGGUCCAUCAACCCCUUAGAGCAGCUCAUGGCCAGCCAAUGUCGCCGGCCUGGCGAUGGCAGGCCGGCCCGAUGGGAGCCCCUUCAGCCUGA